AGGGAGAGGAAGAGGGAGAGGAAGAGGGAGAGGAAGAGGGAGAGGAAGAGGGAGAGGAAGAGGGAGAGGAAGAGGGAGAGGAAGAGGGAGAGGAAGAGGGAGAGGAAGAGGGAGAGGAAGAGGGAUGUGAAGAGGGAGAGGAAGAGGGAGAGGAAGAGGGAUCCCCAUCUGCUUGCCGCUCCGCCAUCUGUUCCCCUCCUGUCUCUGCCUUUGCGUCCCGUCCUACUUGCUCAGCCCCUCUUGUCCCUUGGCCCUUUUUAAACACGGCCGUACCAUGUGUGUCUGUCCCCGCGGCCACCAGGCGAUUCCUACUUCCUGCACUGCCAGGAGCGGGUGCUGCAGGAGGUGGAGCAGCACAUGGAGGACGCGCGGGCGGGAAAGGCCGAGGCACAGCCGGGAGGAGGCGCGGCAGUGGGUGGGCGAGGUGCGGUGGAGGGAGCAGGGGCGGCGAGGGGGGCGGCGUGGAGGGCGUUCUACAUGCCCACCAACUGUGA